AUGGGUGCGGGUCAUUCACGCGAUCUACAAGUUGUACUUGAACGAGAGCAUGAAGUUGCAAAGAUCGCCAUUCGUGAGGGAAAAAAGGAGCGCGCGCGUCUUGCUCUGCGACAAAGAGCUUAUCAGAACGGCUUGAUUUCCAAGACGGACCAGCAGUUAGCUACGUUACAAGAAUUAGUAUCGAAUAUUGAGUUUGCUCAGCUUGAGCAAAGUAUAAUUUAUGGUCUGACCCAAGGCAACCAGGUUCUUAAGCAAAUCCACAGGGAGACCAGUCUCGAACGUGUUGAACAUCUCAUGGAAGAGACGGCUGAGUCACAAACAUAUCAGCGUGAAAUCGAUCAAAUGCUAUCUUCUACACUGUCUGCUGACGAGCAGCAAGCCGUAGAGGACGAGCUUGAACAACUCGUUUUCCAGGCGCAGCAAGAGAAAAUUGCACUGUCUGGAUCGCAACCAGCUGCCAAGCUGCCAUCGGUUCCUACAAACAUUCCAACACCUGCAUCAAGCGACUCCACAACUGUCGUAAAUACAUCACCGGAGCGACAGGCCAUACUCGAAGGCUUGUAG